AUGAGUACUCUUAAAGCGAAAGUUUACAAACCUGCCUUUGUCGCAGCAACGGUCACUAUAACACAUACGAUUGAUAACAUGAUUGAUCCCGAACUGGAAAAUAUUGAUGCAAAAAUAUUUGAGGCGUUUGAUCUUUUUGAUCACGAGCGUAAUAAAACCGUGGAUUCUCGUGAGCUCGGCACCAUAGUCCGCAGUCUUGGAUUAUGUCCUUCGGAAGCCGAUUUAGUUAAGCUCACUGCCAAACUUGAAAAUUCUCCACCUAAUGGUUGCAUAAAUUAUGAAACUUUUCUGCCUGUGAUAGGACAAAUAUUGAUUGACAAGAUCAUCGGCACAGUUCUAAAAACCUGUUUUAUUAUCCUUCACAAACCGAUGCGAUAUUAUAAGGCAAGUCGAAUGCAAGAUUGUAAAAUCAAUUUUUAA